AUGUCAUCAAAUACAAAUAUAGAUAAAUAAUUAGAACAAUUAAAAAAAUGUGAGCGUUUAAAGGAAUAAGAAGUAAAAGAGUUAUGUAAUAAAGUCAAAUAAAUAUUAAAUGAAGAACCUAAUUUAGUAUAUGUAGAAGCACCAAUUUCAAUAUGUGGAGAUAUACAUGGUUAAUUUUGGGAUCUUUUAGAACUAUUUAAAAUCGGCGGAGAAGUCCCUUAAACGAAUUAUUUAUUUUUAGGAGAUUAUGUAGACCGUGGAUAUAAUUCAGUAGAAACAUUCCUUUUAUUACUCGCAUUAAAAGUUAGAUAUCCAGAAAGAAUAAUUUUAAUAAGAGGAAAUCAUGAAUCCAGAUUAAUUACGUAAAAUUACGGUUUUUACGAUGAAUGUUUAAGAAAAUAUGGCUCUAUUAAUGUUUGGAGGUCAUGUACUGAAGCUUUUGACUACCUACCUUUAGCAGCAGUUAUUGACAAUAAAUAUUUCUGUGUACAUGGUGGAUUAUCCCCAGGAAUUAGGGUUUUAGAGGAUAUUUAAAAUGUUGAAAGAAGAAUUGAGAUUCCGCAUGAUGGAAUUAUGAGUGAUAUGAUGUGGUCAGAUCCAGAUGAUGUUUAGGGAUGGGCAUAAAGUUAGAGAGGAGCAGGAUAUUUAUUUGGAUAAAGUAUUGUUAAUGAUUUUUGUAAAAAAAAUAAUAUUGAAAUUAUAUUUAGAGCACAUUAAUUGGUUAUGGACGGGUAUAAAGCCAUUUUUAAUGAUAAAUUAGUUACUAUUUGGUCAGCUCCUAAUUAUUGUUAUAGAAUGGGUAAUGUGGCUGCUAUUUUAGAAUUAGAUGAAAAUUUGUAAAAAUAAUAUAAAGUUUUUGAAGCAGCACCUUAAGAUGUAAAAGAAUUUAAUUCAGUUAAAAGAGAUAUUCCUGAUUAUUUUUUGUGA